AUGGCAACGGUAGAACAGUUGCAAGCACAGCUCGCGCAAAUGCAAGCGCAGCAAAACCAAUUGGUGGAAGGUUUGCAACGUGCGAACCAAAGUUUUGAAAGUCAAGCAAGACGGUUGAACGAAACUGAAACGAGACUGCAAGAACAGACGGACAAAUUGACCCGGACUGAAACGGAGCUAGCGCAAAGGACACAGGCGCUGGCACAGCAAACAACACAACUUGCCCAGGCUCAGCAAGCACAGGCAAGCAGCACACAACCAGCUGGGGUAGAAAUGACAAAACUGAUUCACCCUAGCAACGUCCCAAAGCCGCAAGUUUGGGAUGGUAAAAGAGAAGGAUGGGAAAAGUUUAAACAUGUGUUCGUAGCAUGGAGUUCCACUGUUCACCCCAAAUACCCUGAAAUGUUGGAAAAGUUUGGGGAAAGUAAGGAUCCCUUGGAUGAUGCUAUGCAAACCCCUGAAGAGGAUUUGUUGGCCAAGGCGAUGUAUACGUUUCUCGUACAGUACUGUCCGGAGCCUACGAUGAAUGUAGUGGGUCAGGGACUGCACACAGCCAAUGGAUUUGAGGUUUGGCGCAGACUGGUCAGACUGUCUGAGCCAUCGUACAGAACCAAGGCAUGGGUUUGGAGAAGACAUUUGAGUAACCCCAAUUUCCCAAAAGACAUAAACAAUUGGAGCACUGCACUCCAUCAGUGGGAAUCAGAACUAAGGGAGUUUGAACGAACCUCCAAGAGUGUUUUCUCAGAAGAGGAAAAGGUCUCGAUCUUAGCGCAUGUAGCACCUCCAGAGCUUCAGCAGAGCAUCUUUAUGCACAGCGACGCGUUGGGCACUUACGCGAAGAUUCGAGACUACAUCGAGCAGUACCUCAUCAACAAGAACGUUUGGAAGAGACCGCAAGGAUCCCAGUUUGGAAUCACUAAGGCGGCAAACAAGGUUGAUGAUGGAGGACCAGCACCCAUGGACAUCGGAGUCAGGUUUGAAGAAGAAAAGGAACCUGAUACCUGGAGAAUGGAGACCAAUGAGGAAGGAGAAUUCGUGGUUCGUGUGCACAACACAGCACGAUUCCAACUAUUCAGCCCAGAGCGAAUGGCUGAUCUUCCUGUUCCAAUCAACCGACUACUACCUGGUCGACUUACCAAGAUCUAUUUCCCCGAAGAUGGAUCGCAUGUGGAAGACCAGAGUUUGUGGACAAGAAAACAGACAUCUGCCAAGAACAUGGGCAGAGAGUGGCUGGGAGAAUCGUGGUUUAGAUUGAAGCCAGAGACUGAAAUUCCUGAAAAGAAGGAUGCAGAGAUUGAAGAAGCAAAGAAAGUUGAAGGAGUACGUGGCCCAGACCAAGACAUGGAUGAGUUCUUUUUGGAUUGGGUGUACGUAGAAGAUCGAGUACAACCAGAUCCAAUUGAUCAAGAUCAAGCCGAACGUGAAGUGUUUCGAGAGCAAAGACAGCUUCAUGAAGAAGAAGAAGUGAAAGAACAAGCACAGGAGGUAGAUGUACCAAAGGCACCGAGUGCACAACAGCGUGAGGAGCACAGACUUCAUCAUGCAAAUUUCGAACCUUGGUGUGAAACUUGCAUCAAAGGACAAGGACGAGAUGCACCUCACAGAAGAAGUAAGGAGGACAAGAAAGAACACAUCAUCUACUCCGACUACAUGUUCUUCAGUGUGGAUGGUGAGAUGGUGAAUAGAAGUGAAGGAAAGAAGCAGAAAGGACUGAUCACAGUGCUGACGGCAAUUUGCAAGGACAGUCAGUAUCCCUUCGCCAUGGUGGUCCCAUCCAAAGGAGGAGGGUACUACUCAAGGGAUGCGUUGGCAGCUUGGAUCAGAGAUCUGGGAUGGAACAAAGUGACAAUACAAAUAGAUCAGGAAAAUUCCAUGAACAAGUUGUUUGACAGAGUGAGGGAUCUCAUGCCGGAAAGAGUAGAGAUUCGGAAAUCACCACGGUAUAGCUCACAGUCUCUUGCAGAUGGAGAAAUGGUGAAUGGACUGAUAGCUGGAAAGAUUCGCACAUGGCUGUGUGAGUUGUCUGAAAGCUAUGCAACGAAAAUUGGAACCGAGCACUACGUGUUCCCAUGGAUCGUGCGUCACAGCGCAUGGACUUUGGCAAGGUUUCAUGUCAACAAGAGCAAGACCACAGCGUUUCGUGUGAUAAAGGGCAGAGACUACGUGGGUGAGUUGAUACCAUUUGGAGAGACAGUGAUGGGAAAAUUUCCAAAGGUGAAAGACAAAUCUGCACCUCGAUGGACAAAAGGAGUCCCAUGGAAUACAGUGUUGGGAAUCGAGAAAACAAAGCCGGAAGCAAUCUCAUCGGAGGUGAAAGCUAUUGUGGCACCAGAAAUCGAAGGACAGGAAACCUAUGAUUUCGAGGACAAAUCGAAACAAGAGAACGAGCCGAUCUUUGAUGACAGACCAGAAGCAAUGGCGAAAGCCAAGGUGGUUCACAUACCACAACCUAUUGUACCACCAUUGCGGAAUGCACCAAGAUCAGCUCCAAGUACACCGAAAGGAGGGAAAGCGCAGAAGAGCACAAAGAAGGAAGACAAAGCACCAGAGAUGCAGGUGGACGAUGAAGGAGAGAGAAUCGAGAUUGAAGAAAAGGAUUCCAAGAAGCCACGACUGGCAGAGGGUACAACCUCUAGUGCCGUACCGGGCGACACCGGAAUGAAUCCAGGACAACCUGAACUGUACCGCAUAGACACACCAACAGAUGACAACACGAGUGCAGCGGGCACAGCAUCUCAGGACAUGGUUUCUGGAGUCAGUAACGGUGAAGUUCCAGAUGCGGAAGAAAUGAGGAAGAAAUACCAUAUGCCAGUAAACAAGGACCAUGUAUGGUUUCAGAGGUGGCUAGAUGAGAGAAAGGAGUACUUCCAGAGUGAAAUGGUGGCAAACAUCAUGGACUACCUGGACCAAAUUGGAGCAGCAGAAGAAGAACAAAAGAAAGCUCGAAAGACGGAGAUCAAGAAGCUGAACGAGGACUUUGGAGCAUUUACACCGAGAGAUGGAAGAUUGAUUCCAAAGGAAAUAACAGUGUUUGGUCAUAAAUGGGUAGAUAAGGUUAGUGAAGGAAUUGCAAAGUCAAGGUUGACAUGUCAGGAUUUCAAACGAAAGGGACAAGAUAGUGACAGAAACACGUCGGAAGCACCAAGCAAUUUUUGUCCGACACCACAUGGAUGUUCCAGAAAACUGUUGGAAGUCUACAGUAUGGCAACAGGACUACCACGAGUGAAAGCAGAUCUCACAUCAGCGUUUCUGAUUGCCAAUGACCAAGGUGACAAGACAGGACAACCUGUGAUGAUGAAACCACCUAAGGAAUGGCUGGAAGACUACGACGAUUGGUAUUUGUUGCAGCCCAAGGAAGUUCAAGAAGAACUCAAGGACGUUCCUAAGGAACAUAUCCUGUGGCAAGUGGAUGGCAACUUGUACGGACGUCAGUCAGCAGCAGCACAGUACAGAGACAGAUUAGAAGAAAUAAUCACUAAAGAGUUACCACCAGAACAAUAUGAGUUUCAGCGAGGAGCAAUCGAUGGAUGUGUGUACAAAUGUGAGAAAACAGGAACAGUGCUGAUUCAUCACAUAGAUGAUUUCGACAUUUGUGGACCCGAGAAAGUUUUGAAUGAUUUGCUGAUGAUUCAAUUUCCAAAGAACGGUUGCAAGCUGAAAAUGGGAGAGAUGGAAUACCCGUUUGUAGGAAGUAAAACAACUUCAGAGUUUCUUGGAAGGACCAAGAUCAAUGUCGAAGAAGCCGUGAUCACGAAACCAACCGCGAAACAUGUAGAGGUGAUACUGAAACAAUUGGGUUUGGAAAAUGCCAAGCCUGGACCAGUGCCAGGAAAGAAACUUGACCUGACACAG